AUGUUGCGCCGGGCGAUUCAGCGUGCGCGGCUGCAUCUACCGGCGCCCAUUGGGCAUAACAAUGGAGGAGGAGCGUCAUCAAGUGAUGAAGAAGAUUCUCCCCCCACCUUUAGCGUCUCAUACACUUCAUUACGAGACGAUGAGUCUGAUCGCGACUUUUUUCGGAAGGACCAAGAAGUUACUCGUGUACAUUUUAAUAUUGCGGAGGAUAUUGUUAAGGAAAGGAAAAGGAGCAUAGCAGAAUUGUCAGCGGACGAGCAGAGACGUGCUGCGGAUGCGUGGGCACGGCUACAAACGCUUUAUGGCUUGUUUCGGGAGCUUGCAGCCACCGGAGACGAAGACUUAGAUGUUAGUGACUCUGAAAGUGUGGAUGCUGAACAAAGGGAGCAUCAUGAGCAUACGGAGACACGGCAACGACGCAGACAUGACAAUGGUUUGCAGUCGCUACUACAACACGUUGAAUUACCCCCUGGUGUGAUAAUGCGGGACUUGCAGACGCUGAUAACGACGAAAGGCAGUGACGAAAAUGUCAUGCCUCAGGGAUUUACUGCCGACAUGUUUGAAAAAUUGGGUAAUGUGAUGUAUAAUGAAAUGCUAGUCACAGCGGAUCAGAAUCGUAUUAGCUCUGACACGUUUGAAGAACUUGGGAACUUUUUGUAUGCAGAAACUGCGAGCGUGAUCGUGUCAGCGACUGCUUAG